UAUGCGUGUAUACAUAUGUCAUAUGACGUAUAUAAAGUAAUAAUAAAAGUAUUUUCUGUAAUAAUAAACGCAAUAACUUAUAGGAAGCAAUAUUUCAUUAUGAUUACGAAAUGUACUUGCCGUAAUACGAAGCUUCUUACGAGUGUUUCGCUAAUAGGAUUAUAUCAUAAGUCGCAUCUGUCAAGCCUCGCGUUCGUCCCGAAAUGCAACCCAGCGACAACGGAGGACGUGACACGGUUGAAGGAAUUUGUUGAUAAACAUCGUCUGUGCGUAUUAACUGGGGCGGGAAUAUCUACGGAAAGUGGUAUUUCCGACUAUAGGUCAGCCGAGGUCGGUCUUUAUGCUCGUAGCAAUCGCAAACCGAUUCUUUACAAAGAAUUUUGCAAUAGCGAAGUAGCCAGAAGAAGAUACUGGGCCAGAAAUUAUAUCGGAUGGCCAAGAUUUUCCUCUCUUAAACCAAACAUUACACAUGAGAUCCUAAAGGAUCUGGAGUAUGUUGGAAAAGUAGGAUGUAUCGUUACACAGAAUGUAGAUAAUUUACAUUCGAAGGCAGGAAGUAAAAAGAUAAUCGAACUGCAUGGGACAGCAUUCAAUGUAAUAUGUCUUAAUUGCAAUCAUAAGAUAUGUAGACACGAACUUCAAAAAGUGUUUCAGAAACUUAAUCCAUCUAUGAUCGCGACUGCUGAGAUGAUAAGACCUGAUGGUGAUGUUGAAUUGUCACAGACACAAGUGGAAAGUUUCAAUGUCCCUGCUUGUGAUAACUGCGGCGGUAUUUUGAAACCAGAUAUUGUAUUUUUUGGAGACAAUGUAUCACGUGACAAAGUACAAAGUGUGAAGGAUAAUGUAGAAAGUUUAGAUGCUCUGCUAGUUCUAGGAACAACUCUUACCACAUUUUCUGCAUAUAGGAUUAUAUUGCAAGCAAUUGAUGCUAGAAAGCCAAUAGCAAUAGUAAAUAUUGGCAAAACUAGAGCUGAUGAAUUAGUAAACUUUAGAAUAGAAGGAAGAUGUGGAGAUGUUCUAUCAAAAAUUUGGCAGUUAAAUGUUUCGAAAGAUUUUGUAAGAUAAUGAUAAAUACGAAUAGCUUUUUAAAAUUUUAAUCACAUGUAUAUUAGUAAAAAUAUUUUUAAUUAUAUUUUAAUUAUAUUUUUUAAUUGAUGAAUAAUGCUCAAUGUAAGAAGGUGCAAUAAAAAGCAAAUGCUUAUUCUUGGAAAA